CACAUUGUGAGCGAUUGCGAGGAAGAGUUGUUGCCCGUGCCAACCUCGCGCAAGGAUUGCCCGCGCGCGGUGGGCGUGUUGCCGCCCGAGGCUGCAUCUAUGCUGGUAGAUUUUGAAGAGUGCAUAGUCAGGCCUGACAUCGAAUUUUGGGAGCUGAUAGACAACUCUGAGCCGAUCGCGCCUUACAGGGGCCGAAAUUUAUGGGGCGACCGUGACGCGUGCAUCAGGUUUGUUCGUCGGCUGGACUCGAUUGGGGCGUUGCUGUGGUGCACUUCGGCGAAGGAGCGCGCCGCUGUGUUCUGCGUGGAGAAAAACCUGAGAAGCAGAGUCUGGUGGUUGGAGCCGGUCGACGACGACUCGGAGGCGUUCGUAAGCACAUGGGACGCGCGGGACGCGUGCUGCCGCUUCAAGAUCGACGUGGGGCUCAGCAGGUACUUGGCGUCGCCACCCCUGCGGGCGGAGAAGCUCGGUCUUCGCGGGGCCGAAGGAGAGUGGCUGUCUCGCAGUCGCCGGGUGCGCCCCUGCUUCGCGGCACUGCCCAUGGGGCUCAGGUGGUCGCUUUACUUCGCACAGGAGGCGGUGACCAAGGAGGUGGGGACCGCCACGGGCGCGGCCGCCGAGCGACGUCUGCAGACGUUCGGCUGGUCGCGGCUGAUCGCCUCGGGCGGGGAGCCCCUCGGGGUCCCUUGGCUGCCAGCCCGAGGUUGUGCAGAUGAAGAAAGACCAGGCCUGCGCCGCUCUCGAUGACGUUGGCUUGGGUACUCAUGAGCUAGUUGACGAUCGGACGGAGGCUGGGGUGUUA